AUGGCUGUCGAGGCCGCUCCCGUCUCCCCCGUUCCUAUUCCGGAGCUGACCAAGAUUACCUCCGAUGCUUGCGACUCUGCCUUGAAGGAUGCCACCGAGUAUGAGCACAGUCUCGUCGGCGCCUGGAAUUCACAGAUCAUCGUGAGCAGGAUACCCUUUCUUGUCCCUUUUCCACCUCUCUCCCCAGAACCACCAAAACACCAUCCUCAAGGCUCUCAUCACUGCAACCGCCCCCUCGAGUCCACCAAGCCGGCUCCCUACCGUUUCACGGUGAACAGCACCAUCGUUCAGCAGGGCAUCAUCGACAAGACCGCCGCGGCCGACGGCACGCAAAGCAACGCCGGUAAGCGCGGUAUGCACUCCGCCUCUGGCGCAUUCUGGGAUGUGAACCGCGAUGGCAUGUGGACUUUCAAGUAUCCCGGUGCCGAGGAGCGAGGUCUUGACGUUGUGGUCAGUGUGACGUGGUUCGCCGUCAACUAG